GUUGACAGCUGGUGAUGUCAUAAGGGGCGGGAUAUCCGCAGCGGUAAAGCUGUAGCUAAUAACAUGGCGAAGACUUACGACUACUUGUUCAAACUACUUUUAAUCGGCGACUCCGGGGUCGGGAAGACGUGCGUACUGUUCAGGUUUUCCGAGGAUGCCUUCAACUCGACAUUCAUCUCCACCAUAGGUAUUGACUUCAAGAUUAGAACAAUAGAAUUAGACGGGAAGAAGAUCAAGCUACAGAUAUGGGAUACAGCAGGACAAGAGAGGUUCAGGACCAUCACAACAGCCUACUACAGAGGAGCCAUGGGCAUCAUGCUAGUAUACGACAUCACCAAUGAGAAAUCGUUUGAUAACAUCAAGAACUGGAUACGAAACAUCGAAGAGCACGCCUCCGCGGAUGUCGAGAGGAUGGUCCUCGGUAACAAAUGUGACGUUAAUGAAAAGCGACAGGUGUCAAAAGAAAGAGGAGAGAAGUUGGCCCUGGAGUACGGCAUCAAGUUCAUGGAGACCAGCGCUAAGGCCAACAUCAACGUGGAGAACGCCUUCCUAUCCCUAGCCCGAGAUAUAAAAGCGAAGAUGGACAAGAAGCUGGAGGGCAACAACCCACAAGGCAGCAAUCAAGGAGUAAAAAUCACAGAACAACCCAAGAAGAGCAGCUUCUUCCGCUGCUCGCUCCUGUGAGUCGCAGUCGGAAUCCACCAUCGAUCGCCUUAACUUUUUGCCCGCCACUGGACACAACUGGACAGAGCCGCUCGGAUCUCUCCUUUGUCUUAACACGUCUUCCUCUUUGCUCAUCUGUCUUCCCCCCACCUCCCUCGUCGCUUUACGCCAGUUGAACUACGGUGGCCUGUUACAUACGUGCUGAAGCCAAUAUGUUUUGUACGAGUGCUGCUUAAAAACAACAACCGUAGGUUUUAUUGAAUUUUAAAGAGCCCCAAAAAACUUACUGACACAUUUUUUUAAAGCUUUAUUUCAACAUCACAGCCCAAAGGGUCUCACGCCUUUUUUGUAUUUCACGUUUUUGGGUAAUUCAAACUUUUUCUUUAUAUCUUUAGACACCAUGUAAAUCCAUUGACAGUACCUCAACAAUUUGAGUUCUGAGUUUAGUCACAAGACAAAACACGUAAGUACCACGCCAUUAGUCAACCCCACCCUCCCCUUAUGACAACUCGUUACCUGUCAUUUAAACACUGGGGCUUCUAUUUCCAUUCUCUGUCCAAGCUGAGACAUUCCUUUUUGUGAACACUUGUACGUGCAAUGCAAUGUCAUUGGAGGCCAGUUGGGCUCUGCUUACUGACAAUGUUUAUAUUCAUGGCACAAAAAUGGCUGCCGCUUGGUCGGAUGCACUUCCUCCAACCCCACCCCCUAAGAGGUGUGACAGCAGCACAAAGAGGAGGGCACGCAGCGACAAUUAAGUCUUCUUCUUUUUUUUUUUAAAUAUACAUUUCUACUUGUUCCAGUUGCCGGUUUCCAACGGGGAUUACGUACACGACUGUUUUGAGGGCCUUGAAUCGGGGGCUGUGCUGUAGCAGUAUUUAUGGCGCGAAAGAAAACAAAAAAAAAAACAGGACAUAGCACCAAAACGACAAAGUGCCCUUUUAUGUUCUUAUCGAUUCAUGCACUUUUUUUUCCCUCCGUGUUCUUUCUGUACAAAAGACAAAAAUAUCAUUAU